CACAUCACUUCGAAAAUGCCACGCGUAAUGAACGCAAACACGAGAGUCGUUCGAGAGUGUGAUUCCGAUGAAAUUACAAUGACGCAAAUAAAUAUUAUGGAGCGAUUUGGCGUAUUACUCUUAGUCAUUUUCCUUCUGAUGGAACCAGUAGCUAUGAAAUCUAUGUGGAAACGAGAUGAGAAAAAGUGCAAGGUACACCGUUCUCCUCCAGUCCAUCAUGUGAUGGAUCAAAUAUGUCUCCUCUGUCACGAAAUGUUUUCACAUGAGGCGCCAAAUCUGCGGGCAGAAUGCCGAGCGAACUGCUUCCGAAACGACCGAUUUACAGCCUGUCUCGCUAUGUUCAGUUCAAAGAAUCGUGCCGAACGCGAUUCGUGAUAAGCUAGCGAUCUGCGGUGGAGACACUGGACGUAGUCGUCGUUAUUUAUGUACAAAACUGUAAACACAGAUAUCUAUCUAUCUAUGUCGUUUUCCAUUUAUGCCGAACUUAACCACCCUUAUGUGGUGACAUAAUGCUGGUCACAACAUAGCAUUAUGUACUUGUGCUAGGAACUAACAUAUUGAGAUACGCUGAUACAAAAUAGUUUACAUGAACCCCAAAGUGAUUACCCGUAUUCUAGCUUUCGAAGAUUGUUGAUGUGGAUCUCAAACCUUACGCACUUACGGUGACCAUGAUACGCUAAGUGUACUGUUUGUGUAUAUUGCACAUUCCUCUCCCUAGCAUAAUAGCCCCCAACUAUCACUCCUAAGAUGAUCUCCGAAGUGUUGCUAUUACGGGUAAAACGUGUUUUUUUCCGAAUAUUUAAUUAUGCAUAUCGAUAUGGACCGUCUUCAGAUUGGC